AUGCUCAAUUCAUCACAUUCUAGAAAUGGGACUGCUAUCAGGAACUUGGAAGAACCUCUUACUUCAAUUGGGUUCCAUAGGCAAUCACAAAACAAGGCGAGUUCACAGAAGAACUCUAAAAAUUUGCCCCCAUCUCCAACUCUGUUCAAUGGUGGAUCAUCAUUGAAGUUACUAGGUGAAAAUAAUGAGUCUGAAAAGUAUAAAUUCCAUCCUCUAGUCCUAGUUGAGGAUGUGGACAUCCUUUACGCCGAAGAUCGUGGAUGUAUAGCUGCCAUACAACAGAUUGUUGAGACUUCAAAGGGGCCAAUUAUAUUGACCAGUAAUAGUGAUAAUCUGGGUCUGCCACAUAAGUUUGAUAGGUUCCAUGUUCCAUUCGUGUUGCCAUCGCCAAAGGAGUUGCUUUCCCAUCUGUAUACUGUUUGUCUCACUGAAGGAGUCAACAUUCAUCCUCUUUUAGUGGAGAAGUUUAUACAUUCUUGUGGUGGAGAUAUCCGAAAAUCCAUUAUGCAUCUUCAGUUCUGGUUUCAGAGUAAAACAUUUCAAAAAGCAUGUACAUGUCAAAUCAAAGCCAAUAUUUUGCUGUAUACAUUUAUUGACUAUCGAAUUACAUAUAAGAGGUACGAGUGGCAGCAAGGGUAA